AUGUAUUUAAUAAUCGAAGACUUGAUUGCAUUGGAUUACAUCUUGAAAAACGAAACUUUAGUCUUAACUGCUUAUUCGUCCGGUGAAAUAAAAGUUAAAAGUGCUUCAAAACGUUUUGCAGUUGGAAUGGUUUGGAGCCUAAGUCAGAAACGGAUCAUUAAUACACCAGAAAAAAAAACAAGAUAA